CGCCUGCCAGAGCUCCAGCAUCUGCUCCUGCGGCAGCUCCAGCGCCUGCCAGAGCUCCAGCGCCUGUUCCUGCUGCAGCUACUGCUCCUAUUCCUGGACAGCCCGACUGUACAGCAACGUGGUCAGAGAAGAACCAUCUACAAGAACACUGACGGCAACCCCCAAGGAACACCAGCUAACACAACACCGCCGAGGAAAACAAGAGGACAAAAAGGAACCACACCGACGCGGACUACAAGAGGGGGAAAAGGAUUCACAUCACUGACGCUGGCACCCAAAAUAACACCAGCAACCACAACACCCACAAGGACAAUUGGAACCACAGCAUCGAAACUGGCCACCACAGGAGCACCUCGAACCAUAAUGACGCAGAGUACAAGAGGGGGAAAAGGAACCGCAGCACCGACGCCGGCAUCUAGAAUAACACCAGCAACCACAACACCGACAAUGACUACUAGAGCAGAUCAACCGACUAGAACCCUGUUGACUGGAGGAGAUAGGGAAGAGGAGGAGGAAGAUGAUGUGCACAUCUGCGGGCUGUGUCGGGCCCAGUUCAGUGAUGUGCAAGAGUUCAUCAACCACAAGAAAGGGACGUGUCCAGUGCGCCAGGCUAGGAAGCAUAAACAACAGCAGUCAUACAGAGCGUCUGAAGCCAGUACAAAUGCAGAGCUUUCUUCCAAUGGACUCAUGCACUCACAGGGAUCUACAGAUGAGUUGUCAAGGGUUGACAUGAUGGGCAAGGGAGACAAUACCUUGACGAUUCAGCUGAACCAGGAAGGGGAGACCAUCGGGUACCUGCAGUUCAGUAGCCUGAGAUCCGACCUGAACCAAGCCAGCUUGCCCCAGCCCUUGGACACAUACAGCCAGGACUUGUAUGGGCAAGGAGAUCCCAACAAUUCUAGUCAUGAAUACGUUUUGUUGCCCAACUCCUCCUCAGAUGAGGCCUAUACAAAACAGAAUGACAUAACAUUCUAUCAGGCACAACCGCACACCCAAAUGCAACCAAGUUACAGCCAAAAUGUUCUGCAAGCUGGCCAUAAUACAGAAUACACUCAAUCCUUUGAUUGUCCCAUGCUGAAUCACCAUGCCAUGCAAGAUGGUGGUGACAGUCUGGAACUGUCAGACUCUCUUCACAGCAGCAUACAGACUAUGCCACUGCCCAGGGAUGAGAAGCUCCUAUAUAAUAUGAAUAAGGAGCCAUACCCCGUGCAUGGAAGCCAAACAGGUGAUCCUUACAAUAAGCCUGUGUCGGGCCUGAUGCGACAGCUUCUCACAAAAGAUCCCAAGGAUCCACGAUGUUCCAGUGGUGGUGGGUUGGGGCAGGAGAUGCCGGUGCAGUCUCACCAUCAUGAUCACAUGGAAGAGGCAGGGGCUGAUCGGCAGAGUGACGAAUACAGGGCCUUUAAGCUGCCUGUGGCAAUGGAGAGCAAGCACUUGAAAAAAGCAAAACAGAAAAGCACUAUUGUGAAGACAAUGAAGGAGAAGAACUUUGUAUGUGAAGUCAAGGACUGCACUUACAGAACUGCCUAUCUGAAGGACCUGGAGCGUCACAUGAGGCUGCACACCGGGGAGCGCCCUUACAAGUGUGACAGGUGUGACAAGAUCUUCUCUCGCAGUGACAAGCUGCAGGUGCAUCUCCGCUACCACCUCAAUGAACGCAGCUUCAAAUGCUCUCUGUGUCCAUAUAGUUCUGUGGAGAAGGGAACUCUUAACAAACACAUGAUGGUGCACAAGGACGAAAAACCUUUCAGCUGCCAACUAUGUACCUACAAGUGUAGGAAUCGCACACAGCUUAGCAUUCACCUUCGUAUCCACACUGGAGACCAACCCUACCACUGCACCAUGUGUGAUGCAGUGUUCAAAGUGAACUCGGAUCUCUCUAGACACAUUAGGAUUCACACAGGCGAAAAGCCUUAUUGCUGCAAAUUCCAAGGCUGUGAUUACAAGUGUGCAAUAAAAAGUAAUCUGAAGAGCCACUACAGGAUUCACCACAAGAAUGAGCAAGAACAGUUGGCAUGCAAGUCAUGUAGCUUCACCACCUCUAGUAAGAAAGCCUAUAAAGAACACGUGAAGGGACACAGCGUUGUGGAAGACCUUAUCUGCAAGGAAUGCAACUAUCAGUGUGCCAAUAAGACAUCACUGAGAAACCACCAGAAAUUGCACACCAAGGAGACAUUUCAAUGCUCGUUUUGUUCUUAUGCCGCAAAACAGAAGGGUAAUCUGUUGACACACAUAGAGAGAAAGCAUGCCAAGGUGGUGUUGCACAAGUCAUCAAAGUCUAAAGGCAAAUCAAAACUGAAGGAGUUAAAGUCCAAGCUGGUCAUUAGUCAGCAGACGGAGGAAUGUGUCAGUCCUAGGAAAGGGAAUGUCAAAAGUAAAUGUGUCAAGUCCUUCGAAUGUAGUCAGUGCAAAGCCACAUUUGUGAGAGAAGAGGCCCUGAAAUGUCACGUGAAACAGCACAAGGAAACAUCGCUGUCCACUGCCUAUGCAGUUUUAAAACUUCAGCAGCCAGUAAUAAAUGAUUCUUCUACUCAGUCCCCUGCAACAAACUCCAGCGUGGUCACUGAUGGUGUCAAUGGUAAAUUUGGCCAGUCAUUAAACAGAGAAAAGAUAGCACUAACUAAUAACCAGAACAUAGAGCCUUUAAUGUUUUCAACAGGCAAAGGAUUUGUGGCAAGUAGUUCUACUGAAGCGCUUGACAUGUCAUCUCCAGAAAAAGCAUUGCCAGAAAAUUUAGACUUGGGAGUUACUGUGCAAAAUACAAAUCCCAUGUUGGCUUCUCCUUCAGCAGUAACAUACUCCAUUCAUGGCAAUGUAACACACAGUCAGGCUACCUUGGGCAUAAACGACAUUUUGAUAGCAGCAGGCCUGUCAGGGGUAAAUUCUAAUAGUAAUUCACCAACAGCUGGCAUGAAAGAUAUACAAUUAGGAUCAAUGGCACAAUCAGUUAGUGGAAAUCUUGAUAUUAGCCAAAGUGGGAAGAACUUUCUACUAGCACAGUCACCCCAGGAUGUACCCUCUGUUCAAGUACUGCAAAACAUAUCCUUGCCAUACAUAAAGCUGCCAAAUGGCCAGGUUCUUAUACUUACUGGACAAACCAACCAAACAGUUAACUCAUCAAAUGUUGUAGUUGACAAUUCAUCAUCAUUUAGUGAUAUUCAGCUGCAAAGUUUUGUUCAACAACCAGUCUACAAUACAGAGCAGAUCAUCCAAUGUGCGGCAGACUCCACCACCUCAGCCCCCAUGUCUGCUAGCAACCAGGCAUUUGGUGAUAAUCCUGAUCAACUCUCAUCACAGCAGCAUGGGGCCAUUCCAAUUCAGAUAAUCCUGCCCAAUGAUUCCCAGCAGACCUUACCAAUUGUGUCCCAGCUUCUCAGUAGUGUUCUGAAUAGAAAUGUCAGUGAAGAUGGCAACCAGCUUCAGCUUUUACAAGCAACCAGUCAAGGUUCUGGUUCCCAUUCUAUGCAGAGUUUCGUCAUUCAAAUACCAUCCCAAGCUGGGUCAAUAAAAGAUGCAGCAGGAAACAAUGUGCAGGAGAGUCAAAGUUUUGUUUUACAAAUUCCAACAUCCAAGUUUGAUUUGUAGCUAUGUUUGUGUCAUACAUUGUCCUAUACUAUAUUGUAUUGCACACAGGGUUUUCAUUAGGAGGCGGCCCGCGGCCGAUUUGACCGCCUCAAAUGUUAUUCAGGCCGGCUCAAAUUCAGAAAGAAAAUUUUUAAAAAAAAACAUCGGCAAAUUUUCAUGACGAUGGCGAGAUAUUUAGUAUUCGUUAAUAAACUAAAUGUCUGAAACGGAAGUACAAAUGUAAACAACCUUAACCGAUAUAUGUUAACUCCUUUCUCAUUAGUCGAAUUGAUAUAAUUGUCCAAUCAUGGAGCGGGUAACGAGACUGUACGACUUUGAUUCAAGGUCACAAACUGUGACAAAGUCAACAAUUGAAUAUGUCAAAAAAAAGAGAAAAAUAAACGACUUUUUCGUUUGUGUUUCGAGUAAGAACGAUAGUUCGCUGUUGAAGUUAUCUUGUUCCAGUUUUGUUAACGUUAUAUCAUUUACCGGAACCUCCAUAUAAAUGCACUUUCCUGCUACACUUACAUUUCGUUUUUUAUUCGAUUUUCGACAGAUUUAGUUGAUGUUUGGUUUCUCCGCGGAGUUUUGAUCCUCCGAGCGGUAAGUGGAUUUAUUUGUUACCACAUUUUACAGGAGGGUGAGUCUUAUUUGCAAUAACUACUUGUGGACUAGUCAUUUAAAUUGGUUUAGUUAUAUAUUUUGAAAUGUCAUUGUCAUUAUUGGAAGUUACAACUUAUUUAAAUAAUAAAUUUUCCAGUGUUUGUUUAAUUUAGAUUUUCAUUAUUACUGUAAAGAAUACAUGUAUUAUGUACUGCACAGAAAUUAUACAUUAAGCUAGGGCCAGGGCCCUUCGUCCCCGACGGGGACAUUCCACCUCAGACCCAUGCAUCUACAUGAAAAUUUAAAGAAAUAGAUUGUGAUAUUUGCUAGCCAAAGUAUUUUUUUCUGUUUUGAAUCUCUUAAAAAUACAGGUGUCUUAAAGCUCAGGAGAAGCGAUUUCUUUGUUUCAAAUAAGCUAAAUUGCAGGUGCUUCCGGGGGCCUCUGGCCCCCUGUCCAGGGUGUGCCCUGAACCCACCGUGGGCCCUAUCGGCACCCAGAUUUUAUUUUCAGGAUUUCAAAUUUGGGACAAUUGACACCCCUGAGAGUUGAUGCAACCUGAGGACUGAACAAUUCACAUUAAUAUCCUCUAUUUUAACUGAGGAAAGUAAUGUAAAAUAUGUGCCCAAAAUCGCUCAGAAGCCACGAUUUGGCACCUUUAUUUUAAAAAAAAUCAGGGGAAGCAUGCCCCCGGACCCCCCUAGCAGGAUGGCCUCCUCAAAUGACUCUAAAGCCUGCUACAAAGAAUCCUAAUGAAAACCCUGGCACAGUAUACUGUAAAAUAAACUAAUAAUCAUUUAAUUGAACUAGUAGAUGUUAUAGUUUGUAUGCCAGCCUCAUUAUUGUUUUUUAGUAUUUCCUGCUUCUUUAAAUAGGAUUUAUUUAUUUGAUACUUUAGAUUGUUGUAAAGAACAAAACAUUUUGCUGUAUAAUUCCACCUUCGAGACAUAAGUUCUUUCAGUGCAUAUAUUCUAAAAUUGUUGCAUGAACAUUUAAACUUCUGCUUAAUAGGUUUACUAGAAUCUCAAGUUUUUAAUACCAAGCUGUUAUUUAAAUGCAUGUUACAGUUCU